GAUGAUUGCGGGGCUCCCCGCUCGGCCCGCGAUAAGAUAACGGGGAGAGGCCGCUAUCGGGGCUCGCUGAGUUGCGUUCCGCUUGCGUGCUCGUUUCCAAACCGGCAUCAGGCGCCCAUGCAGCCUCCGAGCUUCAUCUAACGCACUUUGCUCCCGUCCCCCACCUCCAGCAGCGUACCCCUCGUCGCCGGGCGCAUCCCUUUGGCCCUCCCUAUAACUACCAGCGGCGCAUCGCGAUGGACGGUCUGCGGUCGCGAUCAGCAUCGCCCCCUCCCCCGGCGGCAUACCUCAAGAAGCGGGACUACAUAAUCGGCAUACUGCUCCUGCUCGUCGUCGUCUUCCUCUGGACAAGCAGCAACUUUGUCACGCAGGGCCUGUUCGAGGAUGGGUUCGAGAAGCCAUUUAUGGUGACCUACCUGAAUACGGCCUCGUUCGCGCUGUACCUCCUCCCUUCACUCGUGCGAAGAGUGCUGGCAGGCAAGCCGAUCCACUGGCGGUGGAAGGAUGUGGUCAAGGAGGAUCUCGAGAGAACAAGAGACGCCGACGCCUACCAGCCCCUUGCAGCGGACGACACCCGGGUCCUCGACGACGAUCUCGCUAAACCCACGCAGGGGCGUCCGCACCCUCAUUUUACGCACCCAGAACCCCAUGUGGUCCUAGACGAGGACAUUCUGCCGCCAUUGACCACGCAGGAGACGGCCAAGCUGGCGUCCGUGUUCUGCUUCUUCUGGUUCGUGGCGAAUUGGGCGGUGAAUGCGUCGUUGGACUAUACCAGUGUGGCUAGCACGACGAUCCUGUCGAGUAUGAGCGGUUUCUUUACCCUCGGUAUAGGACGCAUAUUCCAGGUCGAGAUCUUGACGUACGCCAAACUUGGCGCCGUAUUCACCAGCUUCUCUGGCGUCGUCCUCGUCUCGCUUUCCGACCAACGCUCCGGCGCUGCCGAGCACGCCCCGCGGCCCAUGCUCGGUGACACGCUCGCCCUGCUGUCCGCGCUUUUCUACGCGCUCUACGUCACGCUGCUCAAGGUUCGCAUCGGCGCCGAGUCGCGGAUCGACAUGCAGCUCUUCUUUGGGUUCGUGGGGCUGUUUAAUAUCGUCACGCUGUGGCCGGUUGCGGUCAUCCUGCACUUCACGGGCGCGGAGCCGUUCGAGUUUCCGCAUACGGGGUCGGCGGUGGGGGCGAUCCUGGCCAACAUGGCGAUCACCCUUUCCUCCGACUACAUCUACGUCCUCGCGAUGCUCAAGACCACGCCGCUCGUCGUCACCGUCGGCCUCAGCCUCACCAUCCCCCUCGCGGUCGUCGGGGACCUCAUCCUCGGGCGCGCAGUGCGCAUACAGGUCAUGCUCGGGGCGGUCCUCGUCCUCGCGAGCUUCGUCGCCAUGGGCGUCGACGACGCGCGGGUGCAGGAGAAGGAGCACACGGUGUGGUACGUCGGGGAAGAAGAGGGGCUAAUAGGUGGUGGUGGCGAGGGCAGGAUAGACGGCAGUGUGAGCCGGAGAAGUAUGGGGAGGAGAAGUGUGGGUGGGAGGAGUGGGAGCCGGGCGAGCGCAAAUAUGACGCGGGCGAGGCAGAGCUUGACGAGGGGACGGGACAGCCUGACGAGGGGACGGGAAAGCUUGGCUGGGCGGGAGAGUUUGACGAGAACGAGGGAGAGCCUGACGCGGGGGAAUCUGGCGCGAGAGAGGAGAAGCGAGCAGGUGGAGUUGGGAGGGACAUAGCAGGGUCUCAAUGCAGGAGGGGAUGAGCAGGAGGAAGGUAAGGUGUGGAUUAUUUAUUGUCAUUGUGGCAGCCUCAACGUGCGGAGCCCAUCUAUUCCUGUACUCACUACUAGAAUGCGCCAUUCAACUUUGAAUGCUCUCUCGCUGUUGCGUCUGUUCGGAUCUUCUGCUUUCGAAGGUCGGGGAGGUGCAAGUAGUACCCAUCCAGAUAGCGCGCGUGAAGACAGAAGCUAUGCCACUGUGUGCACCCGCGCCCACUGCCAUACACAGCGUAGUGAUUUAGCUUCUUCCUUACACUGCUGUUGUAUUUCUCAGCUGAAGUAUGACCAGACACAUAUGAUGCAUUGUGCAUAUCCUACUCUACAACUUUUCGGCAGAAG